UCACGCCGCAAUUUGGAUCAAGCAAUAACUCAGUGAGCCUGUCGUAAAACGAAUACUUCAACGUCGCGGUGGACACGCGUAGCAGAGGAUCGCUGAGAUAUUUUUGUAAGAUUGUAGAGCUGUAAGAAGGAUAGCUGGCUCAGAGGAUCGUGAUGUUUCGUAUGUAAUAUUAUUAUGUUUAAGGCUGUUGUGUAGGCAAACAAAGAGAGAAAGAAAAAGUUAGCUGACCAGCUUGUUGCGGUGCACGAGGAAGUAUACUUCUUGUAACUUGCCAGUCAAGCUCACACAAAAGAGCACACAUAGCUGUAUCAUAGUGCUACACCGUGGCUACAGGUUGGAGCUUCAGGAACAAUUAGUUUAGCGCCAUGUACAUAAAUAUCAGAGCUGUCAGCUGAAAAUAAUAUUGUUGUAUCUGCGAUGAGAUACUUUGAGAAGAAAGCCUGAUUAGAGGAAGGUUUGUUGGAUGUUCUGGAGGUGAUUUGUACAAUUCCUGACAAAGAUGGAUGAGAGAAGAGUGGCAGAUUAUUUUGUUGUCGCCGGUCUGCCUGGCCAAGACGACUAUCCCAGUCAGGACAAUGAGAAUGACAAUGAGAGCAACGGUGAGCUGAAGGACUGGUGUCAGGAGGGUACACAUCUCAAGGCAGACACGCAAACCGCACCUCCCAUCACGGAUCUUGCCGUAAUAUUCCCUGUGCUGGGAGAACACUGUCCUGAAGGUUAUACGCUGCUAGAACAAACUGUGUCGGGUUUCCCGGCUGACUUGAAUCAUGGGAGCUUGCGAACAAACGAGUGUUACCUGUGUUACAGAAGAGGUCGGGACAAGCCUCCUUUAGUUGAUAUUGGUGUGAUAUACGAUGGGAAGGAGCGUAUAAUGCAGGAUGCCGAGAUGGUGUUGGAAACCCCAAAAGGUCACGUGGCGAACGUAAAUAAUUCUACGUCGAAAAUUUUUGUAACGUAUAGACGAGCGAGUCGGAAGAUGCCUUGCAAUUCCCUGGUCGUCACGGACAUAUGCGUCAUCUUGACGAACAAAGGGGAGAGUCCGCCGCAUGCAUUCUGCGUGAUCAACAAGAAUCUGAACAAGGGAAUGCUCGGCAGCGAUGUGUUUUUGUGCUACAAGAAAUCCAUGAACCGCGCCAAUCUGGUGUCGUUCAAGCCAGCAAUACUCUACAAAUAUCCCACGGCCGAUUACAAUGGCUUCGUCUUUCCGAAUUCUGUUGCCAUGUUCUGUCUGCCGAUGGGCGCGACUAUAGAAUGUUGGCCUAAAGUGGCGUGCAAACCUAAGCCAGUAUUCUCGACGUUUGUACUGACGGUCGCCGAUGCUGCUCAAAAGAUAUACGGCUCAGCAAUAACGUUCUAUGAGGAGCUACAGCUGGAAUCGGACAUUCCAAACUGCAAAGACAAUCAGGAGAUUAUGGACACGGUCGACGAGAACAACAAAAACAGUGCAGAUAAUAUAGAAAUAACUAAGAAUAAGCCACAGGUAAAGAUGAAGAUGUUCAAGAAGGCGGGUAUACUCAAGAAACUCACUAUACCGCAGUUCGAGAAGCUGCAGUACACGGAUCCCGCGAGUCAGUCGUUGAAUAUCAGCAAGUCCAUAUGUAUACUGUCGCACUGGCCGUUUUUCGACACGUUCGAGAGGUUCUUGGUUUUCCUACACGGCAUGGUUAACGACAAGCCGCAAAACGUCCCGAUCGAGAAGUACAUCUCGUAUUUUCUAUGCGACAUACCGUUCCCGAGCCCACAACGGCCAAGAAUUUUGGUGCAGCUCAGCAGCCAGGAUCGACUGAUCUUGACGCAACCGGAAGAUCUGGCUUUGCCUAGAUCGGGCGCGAGUUUCCGGCAAUUAUUGGUGAACUUGGGACCCGACAAUUGCCUGCUGAUACUGCUACUGAUAUUAACCGAGCAGAAGAUUCUGGUCCACUCCCUGCGCCCGGAUGUACUUACUUCAGUCAGCGAAGCUAUCGCCAUGAUCCUGUUUCCUUUUAAGUGGCAGUGUCCUUAUAUACCGUUAUGUCCUCUGGGAUUAGCGGAGGUGUUGCAUGCGCCGUUACCAUUCCUGAUUGGUGUGGAUUCAAGGUUCUUCGAUUUAUUCGAACUCCCCUCUGACGUCAACUGUGUAAAUCUAGACACGAACAACAUAGCGAUAUGCGACGACAAAAAAUAUUUGAACGUGAAACUACUACCUAAAAAAGCAGCUAGACAACUUAGAAAUUGGCUGGAGCUUUUAUCUUCAAAGAUUAUUUUAUGGGGAAAAACUAACUGUUCUCAGAAAGACAGAGGAGAUGAGGACUUUAGUGUAGACAGAGAGUUUCAUCAGAAACGAAAAGAGCAAGCUUUAGAACUCGAGAUACAGGAUGCUUUCUUGAGAUUCAUGGCGACGAUUCUCAAAGGAUAUCGAAGCUAUUUGUUGCCAAUCACAAAGGCACCUACCGUAGGGACGACUGAUCCAACAAGUUUAUUUAAUAUACAAGCGUUUUUGAGAAGUCGCGAUAAAGCUCAUGCCAAGUUUUACAGUAUGCUCGUCAGAACUCAAAUGUUUAUUAGAUUCAUAGAAGAGAGGAGUUUCGUAUCCGAUAUGGACAUGGCAGGGUUAGCAUUUUUCGAUGAGUGUACAGAACGAGUCGAGGAAGAGAAUGUAACUCUUUUGGAACUAGAUGAAUCUCAACACAGCGAACGUACAGUAUUUAUACCACCACCUGAAGCAGGGACAAAUGAACCACCAAUAAUAUACAAAUCGUUCAAGUUGAAUCCGGAUUUAAUGAGGCCUCAGAAGAACUUCUGUUUGAAGAAUCCAUCUUUAAGUGCCUUCGGUAUGGUACCUGGGAGUCCUAUGGCUCGUAGAACAAAGCAUGAAAUCAAAGUUGCUCAAAGGAUGGCCCGAAAACAGGCUGCUAUGCCUGACAGAUGGGGCAAAUGUUUGUUGGGUACGUGUUAUAGUCUUUGGUUUCUGCAUUUGCCAGCUAUGUUGCAAGUCUCUAGCCAACCUGCUGCGAUUCUACAUCAGGCUUACGAACUGUUGGUCAAGAUGCAAAAGUUACGUCUCGAUCCUAUGGAAGAGGUGUGCUAUAGAGCUAUGAUGCAACUUUGUGGCGUGUACGGGCAGCCAGUUUUAGCUGUAAAAUUAUUAUUUCAUAUGAAACGUAGCGGUGUCCAGCCUAACGCUUUAACGUACGGAUUUUACAACAAGGCUGUUCUUGAAGCAACAUGGCCUUCAGACAUGACGAACUCGAGUCAGCUGAUGUGGAACAAGUUGCGAAACGUCAUCGUUGGAGCGGCUUUGUUUAAGAAGGCUGGCAAGAAGAGCGCCAGAAGGCGAUUGAGUUCUAAUGUAGAUUUUCUGACUGCUGAUAAGACUGAUGGCAUGGAGCAUGCACUAUCCCGGUCUAGUCUCGACAGUUCUCACUCUCAGGAUACUGAAGCCGCGCAUAGCGAUUCCACAAAAGGCAGUUCUGUGUCUGAUCUGCCUGGAUUCGGAUCGUUCGAACUGAAAGCUAAGCUUCUCCGGCAGAAUAGCAUAGUUAAAGAUCAAGCUACGUUAAGCAUGUUGCAAACGGACGAAUUGGAUACGGUGCCCAAUAAUCCAAGGCUAACGCGCAGUGUUGAAUCACCAUUAAAAAGUCCCAUACGCACACCAGUCACGGAAAAUGACCCAUUGGGUGCUCUCAUUAAUGACGAAACACCGAUUGUGUCACCUUCCGAGGAGAAUGACUCGAAUUGCUCAACAAGUACUUUAACCGUUUUAAAUAAUACGACUGAAGAGAGACCAGGAGGGCCGCUCUUAUUUAGAAGCAACAUCCUCCCACGUAGUGCGACCUUUCAUCAAGCGGUAGAUGAAAGUGGCAUGACGGUGGGUGGGCAUUUGCAGAGGAGUGAGACGAUGCCUCACUCUGUGGCACAGCAAGGAGAACAGGAGAGAGAAAAGGAGAGACUGGAAAUAAGCAGUCUUUGGUCUCAGAAUAAGGAUAGUGUUACAUCCAGCCUCUCUAGCUUAGGAUCUAGUCUUAAACUUAGUUUCGGACGAUAUUCCACGAGUGGAUUCGCUAAAAAUAAGGAUUUUUCAUCAUCGAAUCAACUUAUUGAAUCUCUUAGUCUGUCCAGCUACAUCAGCCCAUCGAGUUUGACAGGAAAGAAGUCCAACGAGAUUAUACUCGGCGGUCUGAAUAGUUUGAAGUCCGCCGCGACAACUGUCGUGAAAAAGUUCGAUGAGAUCAAGGAGGCCAUCUCAGCGACAAGCACGCCGGUAAAGAUCAAAGAACGCGAACAAAAGUUAGCUUACGGAGUGUCGCAUGAGUCUCUGGAUUCUCUCACCGACGGAUCCUUGCAAGAUCGAAACGAAGUCUCCACCAAAGCGUCAGGCGAUGGGAGUUUAGAUCUAUGUUCGUUAUACGAGCUCGCGGAAUGUUUAUAUCCAAAGGGCACUAGAGAGUUGGAGGAACGUCUUGCCAUCGAACUUGUACUCUCCAGCGCCAGUAGAUGUCAUCAUUGUGCCGCGAUCCUGUACGACGAGGAGAUCAUGGCCGGCUGGCAACCGGAGGACUCCAAUUUGAACACGGUUUGCCAGUAUUGCGACAAGGCUACCGUGCCUCUCCUCACGGUUACCAUAUUGGAUUACAGAUGCGAGGCGAGCGGGAAAACCAAUGAUCCUUUGAUGGGAGCAUUGGUGGAGUUGUUGGAUCAACCGAAAGAAUCUUUGGAACCGAUAACAGUGCCGUAUCUGAAUCCGUUGGUUCUGAGAAAAGAAUUAGAAAGCGUGCUCAGUCAGGAGGGCGAUGCUUGCCUCACCAAACACAGGUUCAUCCAGGAACACCCGAUAGUAUAUUGGAAUCUGAUAUGGUACUUCGAGAGGAUCAACUUGACGAGUCACCUGCCUGAUCUCUGGUUGAACAGCGAUAAGAACACGGAACCGCGAAGAGUCGUGGGUUCGGUGGGUGUCAGAACUAUGUGGGAUAACGAACGACUGCACAUGGAUCGUUUGCCCAUGUAUCUUCAAUGGAAAUUGAAUUCUACGGAAGACAGAACACUGAUGCAAACGGUGAUAACAUAUGUCCGUUGCAACGACUUAGCGGAACCUAUAGUAAGAGUGGCCUUAGAAAGAAGUAAACAUCAAACAGGGGAUUAUCCGUUUUCUAUAUAUAGGGAUAUCCUGUUCCUGGCAUUUACGAUAUUAGGCAGAACGAAUAUUGACCAAGGUGUCUUCGAUAGGGAGUACGGUUUGUCGCUGGAGAAGUUCUCCGAGAAUGAGGAGAAAUUGUUGCAUAAGAUCGACGCACCGCCGACGACGAUGUCGGUAUACUGCAGGCAUUAUUUCAAACAGUUGAACGUGUGAGAGGAGCGCACAAGUCCCGAAGAAACUCGAGAGACGAGAAGGAGAAAAGACUAUUCCUGAGUUUCCGAGACAUCGGAGUAAGUGCGCGAAUAGCGAACAAACGUUCGCGCGACUCUCCGGGACUUCACCUUCGCGACCGAAUCCAAUUUCACGCGAAGAACGACGCAUUACCACGAUGACGAUGAUCGACCGCGCUUCGUCGCGUCCCGAAACGUCCGGUCGUAACGUCAUCAUCAACAUGGUGAUAAUGUCUGCUACAUGUUAAAUGUUUAUUAUUAUCUAACACAGUUGAUUAUUAAUGUUAUCAUGAUGAUUUUUACGCUCGAGUCCGGUCUAAAGAUCGCGAGAAGCGAGAGAAAGGAACAAUCGGCAUCGUAGCGUCGGCGAAUCGACGAUCGUGAAUUAAACUAACGUGACCUCAUCCUCGUUUCCUCGCGAGACUCCGCUUAAAACUCGCUGACAAAGUGAUACUUGUCUCUUGCUUGCGCAAACGCGUGGCCGGAUCGCCGGAUUCGGCGGGCUUCAGUUCUGUACGAUUCUCGCACUUCGAUCGCGCACACACUGCGAGAGAGAACCGACGAGCGAAAGGGAGGAGAGAAAGAGUAGCUAUCGGGAUCGGUCGCAUCGGCAGUACAUUGCUCGACGCUGAUCAGCCGUGGCUGUCUAUGCUGCCGAUUCCGCGAUUAAGAAAGACAUUAGAUCGGUGCAAUAAGAGAGUUGAACGAUAAUAACGAUUUCUGAACUAAUCGUAUCAUCUCCAAUCUUCGUAUGUUUAUAUUGUAAUUUGUUUUUAACUUGGAGUUAUCGUAUAGUUCGUCUCUUUUUUUUGCGAAUUGAGUCGCGCAUGCCUCUGACUUGUGAUUCAAUGACUCGCGCAUCGCAUUAGCAGUAUCUAAGAGUACAAUGUUGAAAAGUGUGUCGAGUACCAAAGAACUUAUACGGGACUGUCGAGCGAUUGCAAGUUCAAUUCCCUCCAGGUGUGCUGUGACCUUUAAAUACGUUUCAGUUCAACAUGUAAUUAUUCGUACUGUAAAGAGCAAAAGGAAAAGAGAGAGAAGGGACAUUGAAGAAAACUUAAAAGAAGAAAGGCUGUCGUGUACACGAUGUUAAAGGCAGCGCUUUAUAUGCCAACUAUUUUUUUUACCAUGAUAAAAGAAAAAAAGAAAGAGAGAAAACGAGAGAUUUUGUGUGCGUAACAUGACGAAACACAGUAUUCUUUUCUUGUACUCUUAGAUAGAAACGAUCAUUAAUUGCACGACCAACACACAUACACAGACAGACAGACGGACACAGAACGCAAGUACCGUUUAUCUAAUGUCCUAGGUGAAAAGUGUCCUUUUACGGGCGUGGCGUUGGGACUCUACUACUUAUAUAUCUCAAAUACUUAAUGUGAGAGUGAAUAUUUUUAUGAAUUUUAGAGGCAUUUGUAAUGUCAUUAGCGGACUUAGUUAGAGAUGAUGCUGUCCACGAAUUAUUCUUCAUCAAAAUGAGAUAAUAAUGACGACGAGACCGAGUUCGUUGCGAGAGGAGAUUCAUAAUUCGCGCGGACUACUCUCGAUGUGCCGUAUGCACUUUUCACCCUGGACACCCGCGGAUGAAUGUAUGUUCAUUCAUUACAAUACUAUCAAUGUAGGUCAUAAAAAUAAAGUCAGUUGAGGUAUUUUACAGAA